UCAGUAGCAUUCAGGCAGCUCCAAUGCUACACAAAAGAUUCGUCGGCCAGGGCACGUUUUAUUCAGUCGGUCUUGGCGCUUGUGGAAAUACUAAUAACGACAAUGAACUUGUUGCCGCAUUGAAUGCACCUCAAUUUGGCACUCCGGCAAACCCCAACAAUUCCCCCUUUUGUGGUCGUAAAGUAUUAAUUAAUGGACCUAAUGGCUCUGUCACUUGUACCAUAGUCGAUAGAUGUGAAGCCUGCAAGGAUGGCGAUCUCGACUUGAGUCCAACUGCAUUUGCAAAGAUAUCUCCCUUGUCUGCUGGCCGCUUCAUAAUGCAUCCGGUUAUUGUGGUUACUGGUGCUUCUCGUGGUAUAGGCCGUGCCGUAGCCGAAAUCUGUCUCAAGACUUUCAAUGCAAACGUGCUCGCGAUUGCACGAACUGAGAGUGCGCUGAACACUCUCAAGGCAUACGCCGAAAAGGAACUAAACACUAACGAAAGAGUAGAAACUGUUGUUGGAGACGUUACAGAGGAGAGAGUCAUUGAUGAUGCAGUCGACAAGUGUUUGAAACGUUGGGGAAGAAUCGAUGGACUUGUUAUUAAUGCUGGUGUUCUCGAACCCAUGGCAACAAUUGCAGAUGUAAAUGUUGGCGAAUGGCGCCGCCUUCUUGACGUAAAUCUAUUGUCUGCAGUAACUUUACUCAAAAAGACUAUCCCACAUCUACGAUCCACGAAAGGACGCGUGAUAGCGGUAUCUUCUGGUGCUUCUAUGAAGGCUAUACAUAGCUGGAGUGCUUAUUGCGUGUCCAAAUCCGCUCUUAAUAUGUUAAUACGAUGCUUGGCACUCGAAGAACCAGAUAUUGUGGCCGUCGCCAUUCGGCCAGGCGUUGUUGAUACUGACAUGCAAUUUCUUGUUCGAACAGGAGGAUCCAAAGUAAUGGAUGAGCAGGAUCAUAGCAAAUUCGUCGGUCUUCAUACAUCUAAUCAACUUUUAUCGCCCGAGGAACCUGCACAUGUUAUCGCUGCAUUGGUUGUCGGUGGCGCUAAAAAGGAGUAUAGUGGAGGAUAUUAUACUUGGAAUAUUGAGGAGUUUGCGGAAUUUAUGAGGAAGAAAAUCCCUUCACCGCAGGCGAGCACUGUGGAGAGUGGUGAGUAG